AUGCGGCAUUUUUGACAGCUGAUCGAUUUGCAAGAUCUGGCAACGCUGCAACUUGCAUGCUGUGUCAAGUUUGCUGUUGCUUUAUUUUAUCAGCUUUUAGUUUUGGCUGAACAACAAAUUUCAAGCUGCCCGCACUGCAUUUGAAAAAUGAGUGAAUUCGAAACGUGGCUAAAUACUCAGCUGCGGCUGCUCAACACAGACGAAAGCGUCUUUGGUGCCUACAUUAUUGGCAUACUCGAGGGCGAAGAGGAAUCCCAAGAAGAAAAAAUCGAGGCACUCGAAGGCAUCUUAAGCGAAACUGGCAGUGCCAACAUUGAGGAGCUGGUGGCGAGCAUACUGCAAAAGUGGCUACAGAGUCAUCCCAGCGCCGAUGAGCCGCCCAAGAAAGGUCUGGACAUCGAUGUGAAUGCUCAGCUGGCCAAGUUGCUGGAGCAACAAAAGCUACAACCCGCCGCCAAGGAGCGUGAAUAUACCGACGAGGAGCGUCGCAUCAAGCAACAGAUACUCGCGCAAUAUUCACAGACUGCUGUCAGCGAGGAGGAGGACGACGAUUCGGAUGGCGAGGGCAUUGAGCCAAGUGGCUCUGGCGGCAUUAUGGCCAAUACAAACAAGGCGGAUGUAGCGAACCUGGCGAAGGAGAAGCGAGAGCAAGCGCGCCUCGAGAGUGCGGCCAAAAAGCAAAAGGAUAAAGAGGAUCGCGAAAAGCAGAAGCAAUUGCGUGAGGAGAAAAAAGAGAAACGCAAAACAGUCAAAGGCGAACGUCGUCGGUAACCGCAGCUGGCAGGCUAAACUCUGCAAACCGUCCGGCAUCCAAAAAUCAAGCAGCAUACAUGCAUAUAUAGUACUAUAUAGUAUAAUUCGCUUAGCUGCCGUGCUAAUUAAAUGCAACAGAUUCAUUAAAUUUGGCUGCCAACUAAGCAAAUUAUACGUAUGCAUGCAAUUCAAAUGAUUGUUGACACACAUUAUUAUUAUUAUUAUAGUUAACGUCCCGCCCUCGAAAAAAAUUACUGUGCAAAUGCGCGAUU